AUGGCGAAGGUCGCUCUCAUCAAAGGCAGUACACGAACCCCAUCAGUGGGCCCCGACAUCACGGAUUGGGUCCACAACAUAUUGAAGUCCCAAACCACGGACACUCUUCAAAUUGAACUACUGGAUAUCGCCGACUUCAACCUCCCUGUCUACGAUGAGCCCGUCGUGCCGGCAAUGGUUCCCGCCCUGAAACAAUUUACGAAAGAGCACUCGAAGAAAUGGAGUGCAGCCAUAGCUUCCUUCCAGGGAUACAUUUUCGUCAUACCGGAGUAUAAUCUCGGUCUCGCAGGCGGAACGAAGAACGCAAUCGAUUAUCUGUACAGCGAAUGGCCUGGGAAGCCGGUUGCAAUCAUCAGUUAUGGCGCGCAGGGCGGGAAAAACGCCUCCCAGCAGCUUAGUGAGAGUUUGAGAGUGGUUAUGAAGAUGGAGGUAAUGGCUACAAGAGUCUUACUUCCAUUCGCUCCGGGGUCGGAUGUGUAUUCUGCGAUAAAUGAGGGUGCUUUAGGGGAGGAAUCACGCAAGGCCUGGGAAGAUGAUGGAAAGAAGGAGCAGGUGCUUCAGGCGUGGAAGGAGUUGAAGGAUACCCUCGAGAAGCCCAAGGAGGAGUAA